AUGCCACAAAGCUGUGCCAUAGAGCAGAGCAGAGGAGCUGGAAAGAGAGAGCAGGGGUUCGAGCGGAACAGGGGACGAAGCGAUCGGCCGCCCGCCGGUUCUCGAAGGCAGCUUCUCCUCGUCCAGCUCAUGCUGCCACGGCUGGCGAACCCGUACAGCGGCCAGACCGACUUUGCGCAGCUCGCACGAGAUGUCCCAUCCUUUGCUGCGUUCUUGCAGGAUGGUCACUCUGGACGGUUGACGAUUGACUUUCAGGAUGAUGCGGCUGUCCGUGCCUUGACAGCAGCACUGCUCGAGCGAGACUUUCGCCUGCGCAUAGAGCUUCCUUCUGACCGUCUCUGUCCUACGAUUCCGAGCCGCCUCGAAUACCUCCUCUUCGUCCUGCGCCUCGCGCUCCUCACCUCCGAGGAGCCCUUGCCCAGCACUCUCACCGGUCUCGACAUCGGCACGGGAGCCUCAGCGAUCUACCCUCUCCUCGCCAUCCGCACCGCCAAAUCUGCCUCGUCCUCCUCGACUUCCCCGUUUCCUCCACUCAAGAUGCUCGCGACUGACAUCAACGAUCACUCGCUCGACUUUGCCAAGCGCAACGUCGUUGCGAACGAUCUGACGGAAGCGGUACAGCUCUUCAAGGUUGACGCGGAAGGGGCGACCUUCCCGGAGGAAGUGGUGAAUGCGGUCGAGCAGAUCGACUUCACGAUGUGCAACCCGCCCUUCUACGACUCGCACGAAGAAAUCGCCGCAUCGCUCGCCAAAAAGGAACUCGAGCCAUUCUCUAAAUGCACGGGCGCGGAUAACGAGAUGGUCACGCCAGGAGGGGAAGUGGCGUUCGUCUCGCGCAUGGUGGAAGAGUCACUCGUCCUCGGGAAGCAGAAGAUCCGAUGGUUCACAUCGCUACUUGGCAAGUACUCCAGCAUCUCGCCGCUCGUCGACUUGCUCAAAUCGAAGAAGAUUCGGAACUACCACGUCCACGCCCUCCCGCCGCACGGGUACACGAUUCGCUGGGUCCUGAGCUGGUCGCUGCAAGACAAGCGCUUUCCUCUCGACUCGGUCGGUGACCCAGAUGCGCCCUCGACACCGACAUCAGCCCCCUCAUUUCCUCUCACGCGCUUCCUCUCCCCCGCAACUCUCCCAGCAACAUACUUCACUCCUCCUUUUCCCUCCUCUUUCUCCUCCCGAGAUCCUCUCGAGCACGUCCGAGAGACGCUCGAUGAGGUCUUGCGGGAAUUGGUGGGUGAGCCUAUUGGCGCGAGUGCGGAGGAACAGGGAGGAAGGAGGAAGAGGCGGCGCGUCGUGCGGUCUCACGAAGGGGGAAGCGUGGUGAGUGGGUUGGAGUGGCGGUGGAGCGAAACGGCGGGGGAAAGCGAGGGGGAGGAGGCGGAAGAGAGGGAGGUUUGGAUCAAGGCUUGGAGGAACGUUUGGUCGCGUAAGGCUCGGCGCGCGAGUACACACGCGCCUAGCACGACGGCGGGAGAAGAUGGUUCGACGACGACUAGUCCGCUACUCGAGCUACGAAUCAGCCUCGAGGUCGUCUCUUCCUCCUCCGCCUCUCCUUCUGCCUCGCCGCCUCCUCCGCGUCCAGUCUCACAAACAAAGCCACAACCACAAGCGAAGCUCACCCUCACCUGGUACCGCGGCUUUGACGCCGAGUACCCUUCGCUCACGGGGUUCUGGGGAUACUUGACGCGUAAAGUGGGCGAGCGGGUUAAGGCACUCGGCGGCGGGACGGAGAGGGAGGCGGAGGAGGCGGGAGAAGGCAAGGGGAGGAAGCGCAGGAGAGAUGAGGGGGGCGAGAAGGCGGGCGAGGUGGAGCCAAGUUGA